UUUCCGGCUCUACUACUCUACCCGUCCUCCCCACCCCAUCCCUUGCUUCCUCUCUCUCCUCCCUCUCUCUCUCUCUCUCUCUCAUCAUACCAGUAGUUCCCGUCGAAGAGGCACAAGCAAACAAAACCGCACCGAUUUAACCAAAGCACAAACCCAACACUCAACAUCCACAUACGCACAUCAAUAUAUUCUCCCCAUAUAUACACACACACACAAUCUAUCUGUUAAAUUAGUAUUAGAGAGAGAGAGAGAAGAGAGAGAGAGAGGAGGAAAAAAAGUCUCCGAUCCACCCUUCUCUCUCUCUAUCCGUCUAUGCAUACAUACAGGCACACAAUAUCAUUCCAAACAGGUCAAAAGGUUCUUGCGCCGUCGUUUCCGCAUCGAACCCAGUGCUCGCCGGAACCAAAAACACGUUGAUGUGUGAAAAAAAAACCUAGGGUUUUCUGAAGGAUUGUGAAUAAUUGAAUGGGGAAUAAGUUAGGGCGGAAGAGGCAGGUGGUGGACGAGAAGUACACGAGGCCGCAGGGACUGUACCAGCACAAGGACGUGGACCACAAGAAGCUCAAGAAGCUCAUACUCGACUCCAAGCUCGCCCCGUGCUACCCCGGCGACGAAUCCGAGUGCGGCGGCUACGACAUCGAAGAGUGCCCGAUUUGCUUCUUGUAUUAUCCAAGUCUGAAUCGCUCAAGAUGUUGCUUGAAAGGCAUAUGUACAGAGUGUUUUCUGCAGAUGAAGACCCCUAAUUCAGCUCGGCCUACUCAGUGUCCGUUCUGUAAAACAUCAAACUAUGCUGUGGAGUAUCGUGGGGGGAAAACAAAGGAGGAAAAAGGAAAGGAGCAAAUUGAAGAACAACGGGUUAUAGAAGCAAAAAUAAGGAUGCGCCAGCAGGAACUUCUAGAUGAUGAAGAUAGAAAACAGAAGAUACCGGACAUAAGUUCUUCAAGUAUGACACUGGCACAAGGAGAGGUUGGGUACGACACAGUAGCAGUACCAUCGUUUACGUCGGCUGUUGAAGGCGAGGAAAUUGUUUCUUUGGAAGAACCAUAUUCAUCGAUAAGACCAUCUCUACGCCCUAGGCAGAACAGGGAUGAUGAAUUUGACCUAGACCUUGAGGAUAUAAUGGUUAUGGAAGCCAUCUGGUUGUCGAUUCAGGAGAAAGGCAGAAUCAGGAAUCCAAAUUAUGACGAUUCCGCUACAUCGGAGCACUACGUGUCGGCAGACCAAUUAGUCUCACAGGCCCUGCCCCUGCCGGUGGAAUCAUCUUCAUCACCAUCUGGAGGCCUUGCCUGUGCAAUUGCUGCCCUAGCUGAGCGUCAACAAACAGGCGGAGAAUCCUCCAGCAAUAACUACAAUGGAAGUACAUCUACAUUCAACAUGCCUCCUUCCUAUAGCAGGUUUUCAGAUAGUAGAGAGCAAGUCCUGGAUAGUUAUAGUCCUUCUGGGGGCUCCAUUGGAGAAUUACAUGACAGUCGGCUGGCGAUGACCGGGGAUGAGGGACAAUGGGGCUUGGAUCAUGAGUCUGGGGUGGCUGAAGUGGGGGCCAGUUACGGGAAUUGUGAUGUUGCAGAAGAUGGUGGUGGAGUUGUUGCAAUGCCAUCUCAACAUCAAAUUCAGGGUGGUCUUCAAGCUAAUAAUGGAGGAACAAUUGUUCCAGAGAGUUUUGAGGAGCAGAUGAUGUUGGCAAUGGCGGUUUCAUUAGCUGAGGCUCAGGCCAGGACAAUCGUGCCAGGAGUUGCGUGGCAGUAGGUUUUAGGGUGAAGUGCAGCUGUUCGGAAUGCCAUUUUUGUGGUAUCAUGAUUAUCCACCAUGACGCACUAUCUAGAGUGAGGUUGAUGAUGAACGGGGUCUGAAAGGCUAGGUGCAGUCAAUUUGGGUUUAUAGGACUAACAAAAUGGGGGUGAAACUCAAAUCUGCCAUAUGAUUGGGAUGAAGAAUGAGAUGGAAUGAGUUGAUUUGCUGUGGAUAGGUCCUUUGCUACGUUACAUGGGCUCGGAUAGGGAUGUCGGGUACGGGUACGUGUCCAAGUAUUGAGUUCGUCUAGUUUUCAUUUCAAAGAUACAGGGUCACGUUGGGAUAUUUAAAGUCCUUUCUAUCAUACAUGGUGUUUACUAGA